AGACGUUCGGUUUUGGAUAAACACGUUUGCCGCCCUCUCUCAAUUACAAUCGCCGCCGCCUCACCAGCUGUAUAAUCCGGUGAAGAUUUCUUCGUCUUCGUCACUUACAAAAUCGUUGUAUACUUUUGCAGAAUAAUGCAAUCCCUUCAAUUGUUGACUUUUGUUUUAAUUGCUUUAAUGGUUUCGGUUACUUUUGCUGAAAUUAUUCAAAAAGGAAAGUUGGCUAAACAUGGAAUGCUGAAAGAAAACAAGCCAAAUUGCCUUUUGACCAGAUCCCGUCUUGGGUGCACAUGCACAACGUGUAAAGAAAUAGUCAAUUUCACUAGAAUGCUAAUUUUGAACCAUGUGCCGGAGGAGCAAGAAGUUAUGGAGAAAGUCUGCUAUAGAAUCUUUGGUGAUGACAAGAAGAAGGAAUCUUUCUGUGAGGAGCUAAUAAAGGAAGAGCUUCCCGAUAUCAUCAAGUAUGUCAGAAAUCAUUUGGAGCCAAAGCAAGCUUGUGCAAAGUUUUGCUAACUUCAUAAUUCUUUUAUCGACCUCAUUCUUGUCAUUAGUAACUUUAUUUUAGAAAAAUCGGGAAAAAUUUUACCUAAAAAUAAACCUUUGCAAGUACGCAAGUACAGUGUUUUGAAACUCUGGCAAUCCGUGCUGAAAUAAUAAAAAAUUGAGCCUUAAA